AUGGUCUCGAGUGGUCUACACCUAAGAUCAACUAUACUAAUCGGUAACAACAGACUUUUAAGCGAUUUCGGCGACAGUAUUAUCAAGAAGCUAGGCUUCGCCGCGACACAAAACAACCGAGCCACUGCAGAUAGAUCUUCAGCCGAUGUAUUAUACCCACAACAACGACAGUUUCGUGAUGAAACUGAGUCUAUUUUUAGCAGUUCUAGCGACGUGAAAUCUAGUAUUUUUUUCGGACAAAAUAGCAGCAAUAGUAGCAUCAAAAAUGACGAUGACUAUAUUUAUUUUGGGCCUUCUUCGACUGUAAUUUUUUCUAGACGUAUACUGUCACUAAUCGCGCUUGCAUCAUGUCGAGCUGCAACCGAGGACCGAAAAUUUUCUCCUGUUCAACGAGUCACUCAGUCCAGUCGACAACCCUUGCCAAAAUUUAACACCUUUAUCGACAAGGAUGAUAUUUAUUCUAUUCCUGAUGACUCAAUAUGUUACCAGCUGAUAAACAAGUUUUUUGAAAAUACCGGGAUUGUAUUCCCGAUAUUUCAUAGACAGAUUUUUAUUGCCGAUUUCAAGUCUACACGAGAUUCCGGAUUAGCAGCCACUCACAGUGGGUGGUCCUGGCUGGCCCGUCUAAAUAUAGUUCUAGCACUUGGAACUUUAGAUGAAGGUCAUGUCAACACAAACUUAGAACAAGGGCAGCAAGCAGAGCUAUUUUAUUCCAAGGCCAUACAGCUUUAUCACUAUUACAAUGGUGCAAACAUAAUGGCACCGGUGACUCUUGAUGUUGUUCAAUUUUUGUUGCUAGUAUGUCUCUAUUUACAAAGGACGAGACGACCACACGAGUGCUGGAAUACUAUCGGUUUGGCUAUUCGUUCGGCCAUACAAUUAGGUUUACAUUCUAAACAUGCCCUCAACCGACUGACAAGGCUAGAUAGAGAGACAAGGAAGCGAACGUGGCAUGCGUGUGUAUUAAUAGACCAGACCAUUUCGGUGACACUAGGCAAACCACAAAGUUUAUCUUCUGGUAUGCGCGGCCAAGUUGAAUUACCUUUACAUAUCGAUGAAGAUAUUCGAGACAUCCAUGCCGCCCACGAGACUAAAUUGCAUUUGCCAUCGAGUCUGCUUCCUUCUUACGUUCAAUCAAUCCGAUUGUAUAACGUUCUAAGUGAUAUUGUCGAUGAUAUAUAUGAUGGAAAUCUCGACUGGAACGAAGUUUCGUAUCUGAUAAAAAAUGCAGACGAGCUUGAGGUAGUUUUUGAUAGAAUUGAAAGGUCACUUACAACUUGGGCAAGCGAACUUCCGGACUUUCUUCAAAUCAUCCCUGCAAACUUUCUCGGCCAGCUCCUUGAUGAGAUUAUUAAUGACACCAGUGAUUCCUUGGUAAAAAGACAACAUGUCAUUCUCAUAUUGCGCUAUCACUUUGUGAGACUGUUAUUUCACCGGGCCAUUAUCUCCAAUUUGCUCAUGCUAUUAGCUGAUAGAAAUAGCGGAGCAAGAGCCAGACCGCAUUCGGAAUUUGAAGGCAAAAACAUUCAGGGUGCUCUGAUAGCAUGUAUUGAGAUCAUAACCAUAGUCCGACGUGCCAGUAAUAAAAUCUGUCUGCUUGGCCCCUGGUGGUCGAUACUGAAUUAUGUAUUUCAGUCGUCACUUGUACUGGUUGCAGUUAUAAUGUUACGCCAUGAAUAUGAACUGGGUAUUCCUCUUGUUCUGAUAGAGAAUUAUCAAUUGGUGAACCAUCUGGACCAGGCCAUUUCGUUUAUCGAUGACAUGGCUAGAACCAAUAGUGUCGCAGCAAAGUGUUUAGAAUUCCUUCGAUAUCUUAGAUACGCCAUCAGCUCGACUGCUGGCAACCAAUCUCUCAACUAUCAAAUGGCCAAGGAUAAUCUUGCAUCAAGCGAAAGGCUCGACGAUGAACCAGAAUCCGACGUGGGAAUCUCUGAAUUCCUCCUGGAAAGUGACCUUCGAUAUCUACAACAGAAGUUCAACCACAUUUCCUUUGUAUAA